CGCACCUCGGCCAUGCGAUUUCAGUAGGUCAGAGGUAAAUCGCUUGGCUAAAGUGCGAUUUGAGUCCAGAUAAUGGGAACGCACCUUACCAGUGCGAUCUAUUUGUAAAACGCACUCUUAGGGUGCGAUUUAUAUGUAAAACGCAUCUACAAGGUGCGUUUUAUUAAAAAGGGUGCUAUUAGUGUAAAUUUUUACGGAUGUGUGCUAUUUUUGUAAUUUUUUUUAAAGGUGUUAUUUCUGGAAAAAUCCCAUGGAUUCAGGUUUCAAUACCAACUCCCCUACUGUGGAGAACAACCAGACCCUUGGGAACCUCAAGAACAAUGUUCUUAUCAGGAAGAAUUCCUCCCACAACCAAAAGGGCCAUCGGAGUUGAAGUUCGCCAUGGCGACCUUCACGGGCCAUUCUGCAGAGCCAUGCUACACUCCACAAGAGGAUCCGAACAAACAAUCGAGGCUUCUCGUGGAGCAAUUUGCUCGAGACACUGAGAGAUCAUGCUCCAAGUUGGAUCCUUUUACCAAGGCCAUUGCCCAAACUGAGUUCUCCUACCAUGAAACAGAGGAGACCCUCUGGAGCAUUAAGAAGAGCCUUGAGGAAUACGAUGUCGUUUCUUUGCUUCUUGAUCCGACCUGAGUUGAGCAAAACGACUCCGUUUGGCGGCUUGGUAUUUGCGGGCGCGUCCCGUAUGGUGGAACCCAAUCCGCGAGUAUAGUCCUUUCCGCGGUUGUGGGCUUUCCGCGAGUUGCUCCUCGCUGUGAGCGGGAGUGGUUCUUCGUGAUUAGUUGGAUGCCCCUAAUUUUUGGAGGUCUUGUGCCUUAGGGCCUCCUUAGUCCUCACACACUCUCUUGGACAUGUCUGAUUAAAAGCAAAGGCACUUUUCACUUUCAUUAGGAAAAAAAUAGGAUAUUUUCUCUCUUCGUGAUAUUAUUACAGUCGGGUUUUAUUUCUACACCCAAUUCUCGAUAAAUCUUUUUCCUCCAAAAUAAUGGGAAUAAUAUUAAAUUAUUCUUUUAUUAUUAAUCCGUAUUUCAUUAUUGUUUAAUUAAAAUAUUCAACAUGUCAUCACGCAUUAAGCAAAUGUCUCGCAAAGGUUAGUUAACUUUGAUACAAUAGUUUAAUUAUAUUUUACAUUCUAAAGUUUAAUAUUGUUAUCUUUGCCAAAAAAAAAAGUUUAAUAUUGUUAUUAACUGAAAUGUCAUAUUUAUUAAUUAAAAUGUUAAACAUGUCAUCAAUUCGCAUUAUGCAAAUAUUUCACAAAGUUAAUUAACUUUGACAUAACAGUUUAAUCAUAUGUUACUUUCUAAAAUUUAAUUUUGCUAUUAAGCAAAAUUCCAUUAUUUUUAUUUAAAAUAUUUACAUGUCAUCAACUCGUAUUAUUCAAAGGUUCCGCAAGGUUAGUUAACUUUGAAAUAAUAGUUUAAUCAUAUGUUACUUUUUUCAAUUUGAUUUUUAUACGGGUUAGAUUACACACUUUUACACCCCUUGCCUCGCACGGUUUGUCUUGGUUUGCACCGUCCUUAGAGCUAUUUUAUGCUAGGUUUGCUCGUAUUGUCUCAUGUUUCAUAUCGUAGCAGGUAAUCUUGGCACCGGGAUCAAAAGUUGGAAAAAAGAGAGCGAAAAGAGAGCAAAAUGGAUGAAAGUGCAAGGAUCACGAUGUUGUUGUUAUCAUCACGAGCGAUAGACAAUGAAGUGGUCAAGUAAACCAUGAAGUCUGCACACUUCCAGGAGGUUUUGUGUGGCUCGCAGGUACUGCCAAGAUCAUGGUCUCCAUACCGUGAAGUCAACAAGCAACCCAUGAAGUUCGUUAGUGAAACGGCGUGUUUUGCGCCGAGAUCACGGUUUCACUACCGACUUCACAUGUGUGAUGUGAUGCGAUGAUAUGUGCACUCGUGAGCUACAUAAAGGAGAGUGUGUUGAAUUUGAAAGGGAGAGUUCUAGAGAGAGAUUGAAGGGUUCUUCUUCAAACAUAGAGAGAGAAAGCUCCGAGCAAGGAAAGAAAGGAGGAGGGAGAAUCACUUUGCUAUGGAUUUUUCCUCUACCUUAGUUGUUAUUUCUCUCCUAGCUAUGAAGAAGUCAUCCUUGUCACUUGGAUGAUAGGAACCCUAGUUUGACAUGUUGUAGAUUGUAGAUUGUGACCUUUAUUGUGAAUGGGUAUUGUGAUUUAUAUAGGUGAUUGAGGUAUUUUCACGAAAUUGGGUGUUCUUGAUAAAGUCUUCUAUUGUAGGGGCAAACUGACCUAAGAGGGAGAAGAUUAGGGAUGACAAUGGGGCGGGUUCACCUAAAUUAUUCCCAUCCCCGCUUUCAAAUAUCCAAACUCGUACCCGCCCCAUACCUAUGUGGGGCAAAGAGAGCCUCCCUAGAGUGAGAAAGUUAGGUUUGAAAUGUUUUAGAGAGGAAAACACCUUGGGAGAGCUUCAUUGAAGAUCCAAUCCACCCAAAGAGCAAAGAGAAGGUGCAAGCAAGGAGAAGAAGAUUGAUUCAAUCACUCCCUUCUUCUAGUUUGUGUUUUCUUUUUCUCUCUAAUGACUUGAAUCUCUAUUGGUUGUUUAGAGAAGAUGAACCCUAGUUUGUAGGUUGUGUAUGAAUGGGUUAAUGAAUGAAUGUGUUUAUC